AUGGCUGAACAGUUCCAGAUGACGACUGACCGGGAAAUUGAACCAGACCCAAAUGAUGAAGAGGAGCAGGACCGGAUGGACAUACUCCACCAUAUCUAUAACUUGAUUCUUAAUGGGGAAAUCCACAUUGCCCCGAUCAAAGACCCACAAAGAGUCUUGGAUAUUGGCACGGGCACAGGAAUCUGGGCUGUCGAUUUUGCGGAGGUUCCUCCAAACUGUCAAUUUGAAAUCGAUGCCUUCUCUCAUCUGCGUCCAGGUGGAUUUUUCGAAAUACAAAGCUUUACUGUCGAUAUUUUUUCCGAUGACGGUUCGAUCGAAAAAGCACCUUAUACAAAACAGAUUGUGAAAGCACCUUCGAGUCCAUGGGCCAAGGAUCCGAAGCAAAAGGAGAUUGGCCGAUUUUCCCAGGCUCACCAAGUCCAUAGCAUUCCUGCAUAUACCAAUGUUUUGCUAUCCCGAGUUCUGGGUUGGAACAAAACGGAGAUUGAUAUCCUAAAUAUGCACGUGCUGCGGGAGUCAAAAAGUCUGGAAGUGCACCAGUAUGGGAAAUUGUAUCUUAUAUACGGGAGAAAACUAGGAAAUAAGGAUAGAUAA